AUGGAAAUGCAUCCGGGCUUGUUACUAGACGAGGAUGCAUUUUCUAAGGCCGCGGAACAAAAUAGGCCGAUUUUUCUUUAUGACUGGUUGAGAAAUCUUGAUCAGCGUCUGUCAAAUUCAACGGAAGCGCAAGUGAAAAGUGUACAGCAAGCACUUCUAAAGCAAGUUUUGGAGCAGCUGCGACAGAAUAUUGGUCCACCCAUCCAAGCUUUACUCGGAAAAUGCCUCGUAAAGAUUUUCAAUGCAGGCGACUCUCUUUCACUUUAUUCGGCCAUCAACACCUGCAUCGACAUCCUCAAAGUGAAAGAUGACAGUCCAGCAACCGUAAACCGCCGAUUAGCAGCUUUAGUUUGUCUUGGAAGUAUCAGUAUUUUCAUGAUGGAUCCGUCCAUUUUUAAGGUGGAGUCACAAACUCGAUAUGAAAUACUCAAUACACUCAAGUACAUUGUGCUGGGUCUUGGUAAUACAGACACUUCUUGCUACCGGGACAUUUUCAAGACGGCGAAAUCCUACAUGAAUGAUCGAGUUAUGUCGGUGCGCCUUGCUGCCACACAGUGUCAUUACAGUCUGGCUAUUCACAACAACAAUCUGUACUCGGCCGAUUUGGACGCCACUGUCAGCAUGUGUCUCAGAGGAUUGGAGGGUUCCACCUAUCCUAUCCGAUUAGAAAUUGCCAAACUUCUCGGUCAUGCACUGGCCUCAAGUGUGCCCAUAGAGUCUGCGGGCCUAAAUGGGACCGCCUCCGCUACCGUGACUGUUGGCGGUGGUGCUGGCAUCGGUAAUGCUCCUUCGGCAUCUGGUUCCUACGCAUCAUCAGGUAAUGGCAAUCGCAAUAAACUGAUAUCUCUCGAGGAUGCACUGAAUAUACUGCAUUCGGGAUUCAUUCGUGGUCUAGGCCGCUUUCACAAAGGAGCGAGUGCACCCGGGAUGCUCAAAGUUACAAACGCUAUCAGCAGGGAGGUCCGAGUCGGAAUUUCCUACGUGAGUAUUUAUUUCUGCUCAAAGUUUGUGCUCGCUUAA